UUUCAAUGGAAAAGUAAGGUAGGUUAAUAAGGUAGCUACGUACGUACCUACCUGAUGUGCCUUAGGUAAGUAACCAAGGUUUAAACCGACAGGAACCACCGACCAGGUCAUCCCCAGACAUGCGAGUUACCUGCUUCCUCCAGCAGGUGAGGUGUCCAUGAGGAGGCGAGGUGUCGAGUCUGGGCACGAGCAGGACAUGGAAAGCCCCCGCUGCCCACUUCACAUUGUCCUUGUCCCGCAGGUCCUUAUCCUGCCUUCCUGUCUCCGACUGCUUCCUGGCUCCGACUGCAUCCCGUCCGCACCCUGCAUCCCCCUGUCCUCGUCCUUGUCGCCGAUGUGCUCAUUGCUGCCCCCAUCUUCGUGUCCCAUUCUCCAUGUUUCCAAGCCCCCCCGCCUCUCCAAAGCGCCAGCCAGCCAAGCCAGCCGCCCAAUCACUCACCGCCGUCGAUGGAUGGGCUCAAAGGCCGUCAUCGUGGUUGGCCUGACCCUUCACGACAGCCGGGCCUCUCUUGGCGACUCCUGGCGACUCCUGGCGGCUCCUGGCGACGACCACGUGAGGCCGGCGUCACAUCCUGGACGCAAUGUGCUGCUGCAGUUGCUGUACUGUCGAAGCGAAGCCAUACCUCAGCCCAUGCCCCACAGGAUAGACUACAGGCCACAGGCUACAGGCUACAGGUGGGCUUCCGUCGUCUUCCCGUUCCUGCCCAGGCGCGGCAGCCUACGGACCGUCGGAGAUCGCCCUGCAGACGAACGAUACUGCUGGCCACCAGUGUGCGUGCCUCUGUGAAUGCCCUCACCGAUCGCUGCGUCACGCUGGCGAGGCAACCUCUUGCUUUCGCCUUCUUCAUGAUUCACUCUGCCAGCCCCGUACCGUUCCGCACACCGGGGCGAUCCAACACGCCCCCAUGGGCCUUCUUCGC